AUGUCAAAGCCAGUAACAGUGAAGCCUUUUCCGGUGGAGGAGGAGUAUAAAAAGAAAAACGGCAUUACACCAGAGGACAUAAGCGUGCUUCGGCAGUGGCUUGACACUCAGCCACACUUACCUGGGGAAUUACUUGGUGAUUUGGACCUGAUCCUGACGUACCACUGUUGCGACCGCAGCUUCGAGGUAACCAAGCAAGUGCUCGAUUUACAUUUCACACUCAGGACUCUCUUCGCGAUCACCAAGAACCGCGUAGUCGAUGAGAAGCUUAUCAGAUGUUUACAUAUUUAUCUGACGAUUCCUCUGGAGAUUCGUUCUCACACUGGCUCAGCCAUUUUCUACGCCAGACUUAUCGACUACGACAUUAAGAAGUUUGUGUUUCAAGAUGGAGUCAGUGUUCGUAAUUGCGAGAAUGAAAAAUACCUACCUGCACCACCAAAUGAUGUUUAUGUUUGUUCUAUUUUCUUUGUUCAGGAAGCAAUGUUGGUGAAGCUGAAAGCAUUGCAUUUUAUGAACGCGCCCUCUUUCAUGGAUAGGCUACUGAUGAUCAUCAAGCCGUUUAUGAAGAAGUCGCUCAUUGACAUGCUCGUCAUCCAUCAGAUUGGUUCGAAGACGAUUGAAAAAUAUUUGUCGAUGGAUGGUCUUCCCAAAGAAUGCGGAGGAAAAUUCAAGAGCUUGAAUGAAGCCAGAGACGACUUGAUAGAGCGUUUCAAAUUAAAUGCUAACUAUUUCAUAGAAGAAAACAAAAGACGGGUGGUUGAAUCGAAGAGACCCGGCAAGCCGAAGACCAUCUCCGACAUCUUCGGCAGUGUUGAGGGCACGUUUAAGAAACUUGAAAUUGAUUGAGAGCAAAUGUAAUAGCAUAAAGAAAGGAUAAUGGGAAGGAGUAACUAAAGUUUAUCAAUGAGUUACGUAUUUAGUUUAGUGUAAAAUUCUGCCUGGUUUACAAGGACACACGGAAAGAAAAACAGAUACAAAACAUCAAAUUAAAGAUAUUUACGUAACAAAUAGUGUGCUGCAGCACACCCAAUAGAUUUACCUAAAAGCAAACUCUAAACAGAUUUAUACAGUGUGAUAUUUAACUGGGAC